UUAUCCUAGAAUUAGAUGUACCCAUUGAGGAUAACCUCGACUUAUCCUCAUUAUGUGCCUCCUACCAUUGAGAUAGGAUGGGAUGUAUCGGUCCAAGCGGACAAGGAGACGGGAAAAAGGAAAAACGCGCUGAUGUUGUUUUCUGCGGCGGCCGGAAGCGGCGUCAUCGCCCUCUGCAGGUUGGUCUUGGUGGGAUCGCCACUGAGAUCGUGGCCAAGCUGUGCUGCGCCUCGCUCUCGCUCGUCGUCGUCGAUCGUCCAUCGCUGCUCGGCGGCCCUCCAACCCUCAGAUGUGCCUCGCCUUGCCGAAACCGCCCGCAUCUCUCUCUCCUCGCAAGAGGUAAAAGAGUUUGAACCCAAGAUUAGACAAGUCAUAGACUGGUUUGGACAACUUCAGGCUGUCAAUCUGGAAAGCAUUGACCCCUCGCUUCGAGCUGAUACUGAAGUCAGUGCCAGUCCAAGAGAAGAUUUUCCAGAAACAUUUGAGAACAGGGAGGCAUUAAUAUCUGCUGUUCCACGCUACAGUGAUCCAUAUAUUAAAGUUCCGAAAGUCAUAAGCAAGGAGUGAAAUUUAAAGCUUCUAUUCUUUAUAACAUAUAUUUGCAAGCUGACUAGGAAUUCAUGAGUAUUUUAUCUGCUCAUCUGACGUUUUCCAUGAAAGCGUGGGGUGCAGCUACUGCAAAAUUAUGUGCUUGCCUCCAUUAGCGUUCAAUGUCAACUUGCCCCACUUACGUGCCAUUAUUGAACUUUUCCGUUUGAUGUGAAUAUUGUAAUUUCCUUGUCGUGUUUAAUGGUUAAGACAUUGGUAUAAGCAGUUUAUUUAAUGUGAUUUUGCUACACUUA